UAGUUCACUGACUGUACCGUGGUGUUAGAAGCAUUUUUCUGUGAAACAUGAGGAGAAUAAUAGAUUUUCUAGCGGUAACAGUGACGCUAGUCUCUGCUCAGGUGCUGCACGCUCUGCCACAUACCAUUAAUCAGUUCAGAAAACAUCAUGGAUUCAAGACAGAACCCCAGUUCACAGAGAAGUAUUUCAGUCAGACUAUCGAUCACUUCAACUUUAACAGCAUGGGAAACGGGACAUUCAGUCAGCGUUACCUGAUCACAGGUCAGUACUGGGAGAAAGGCUCUGGUCCUAUUUUCUUCUACACAGGCAACGAGGGAGACAUCUGGGAGUUUGCCCUCAACUCUGGAUUCAUAACAGAGUUAGCUGCUCACCAGAAGGCUCUCGUCAUAUUUGCUGAACAUAGGUACUACGGCAAAUCUCUGCCAUUCGGCAACGACUCCUUCAACAUCCCUCAGAUCAGCCUGCUGACAGUGGAGCAGGCCCUCGCCGACUACAGCGUCCUGAUCACUGAGCUGAGACGGCAGCUGGCAGCCUCACACUGUCCCGUCAUCGUGUUUGGCGGCAGUUAUGGUGGAAUGCUGUCAGUCUACAUGAGACUCAAGUAUCCAAACAUAGUGGCUGGAGCUCUGGCUGCCAGUGCCCCCAUACUGUCCACUGCUGGGCUGGGAGACUCCAGGCAGUUUUUUAGAGAUGUUACAGCUGACUUUGAGAACGUUGCCCCUGAAUGCAGAGAUGCUGUGAGAGGAGCUUUCCAUCAGCUAAAAGAAUUAGCUGAACAUCAAGAUUACAGUCACAUCCAGUCAGAGUUCACUCUGUGUAAACCUCCAUCAUCUGCUCAGGACAUCCACCAGCUGUACGGCCUGCUGAGGAACGCCUUCACUCUGAUGGCCAUGCUGGAUUACCCCUACAGCACUCACUUCAUGGGCAACAUGCCCGCCAACCCUGUCAAGGUGGCUUGUGAAACCAUGCUGAGUGGAUCUGACCUACUGGCUAACCUCAGGAAAACCGCAGCGAUUGUGUACAAUGCCACCGGGGUGCUGACCUGCUUCGACCUGUACAAUCUGUAUUUGGAGUGCGCUGAUCCCACUGGAUGUGGACUGGGCUUCGACAGCCAGGCCUGGGACUACCAGGCGUGCACAGAGAUCAAUCUGUGCUAUGAAAGCAACAAUGUGACGGACAUGUUCCCGCCCAUGGCCUUCACCGAGAGAGACCGCGAGCUCUACUGCUCCAAACGCUGGGGGGUGGUUCCUCGACCAGACUGGCUCCAAAUCCAGUUCUGGGGUGAUGUCCUGUCCACAGCCAGCAACAUUAUCUUCUCCAAUGGGGAUCUGGACCCGUGGGCCAACGGAGGGGUGCGCAAGUCCCUGAGCUCAUCACUGAUAGCUGUCAAUAUUACUGGAGGAGCACAUCACCUGGACCUGAGAGGAUCUGAUGCUGCUGAUCCAGCGUCGGUGAUUGCUGCCAGGAAAACAGAAGCAGACUUCAUCGCUCAGUGGGUGAAGAUGGAGAGGAGCAGACUACUGUCACUUUAAAACACAGCUUCAGAUUGUGUUGCAUAGAAACAGUUAUGUGUGAAACCAGGUUCCAGAGAAAAUAUUUGAUUCAACAAGUUCACCUCUGAGUCCCAGUUCUAUUCUGCAUAUUAACUGUAGUGAGUGGGUGUAGAGUAUGUGGUGCGUUCACCCUGGAAAAGAAAAUUGAUUGAACUUGAUGUCAGUCUGCAUAACGGAUUUGCUGGUGAGGCAGCUGCAGGAAAAUCUAAGAACAAAACAAAUUCAGUGACAUUUUGCUCACUCUUCAUCAGGUUUCCAAAUCCUACACAGGUAAUAACAUAACAGAGAUAUUCACAUUACAGCUGGGGAAGGCUUAGAAAACCAGGAUCUGUUCACAGCUGAGAAGCUGGAACCAGGUUUUCAAAUGUUUGUAUUUAUAUUCUAUUUUUUGCGCUUUUUAUUCUGAUAGUUACAGUGAGAGAGAGAGGGACAGGAAAGUCAGGGAGAGAGACAGAGAGAGGGGCCUUGAGUCGGAUUCGAACCUGUGCUGCUGCAGUUAGGACUGAGCCUUCAUGGUACGCGCUCUACCAGGUGAGCCACCAGUAAUGCAGGUGGCAACUUAACUUUCUUGAUUGAUUAAUCAAUUAACUGACUUCUCAGCUCUACUGUGUAUGCUUAGUAUAAUAUGAAUGUCAGUGAGGCAACUGUAAAUGAAAACAGACACAAGACCACCCUCACAAUCAUCUGUGUAGGAACACAGAAUUUAACCCUUCCUCUGCUGUUUGACAGAUGAGUGCAGCAGCUGCAUGUUACAGCUCCCUAAAGAUCACUUCAUUCAUCUGAACUCUACCCUCUGCUCUACCUGUCCAUGUCCCGCUGCCAGCUAUCCCAUCAUGCUCCUUGCGAAGGGUUCAGGGGGAGUCAGUGUUUCCACUGAUCUCACUGUAUUUUGUGUUUUCUGUUGUGAGCCAGAUGUGCUACCAUUACCAGAUCACUUUAUGACUCAAUGAACGACUCAAAUGUUUUGUUUUCUGAUGAAUAAAAUCUUUCAUUUAAAUUUUUAUUGUAUUUUUGCACAAUUAAAGCAAAUCCAGCAUUGUAUACGCCAGGUGACAUCAACAAUACAUUUUGUAUGUUUAAGAAAGUUUGAAAUAAAUAAAACAUUCAAACACUGAACCAAUGCAGCCGCCCCUCCAUCAGAACGAAGCUCUUUAACAUGUUCCACAUUCAUACAUUAAGAUCCCAUCAGGACAAAGAUCACACUUUAGACAGAGAGGACGUGUUAGGUUUCACACACAACACACAAACGACAAAAAUGACAGAGCUCUUACAAAAAAGUUAUUUUCAGGAUCCCAAUUUCUCCUUUUCAAAAAAUGUCAAAUCCCCAGCAGAGACUCUGCUCUGUCAGACUUCAACUGUAAAAAUGUCAUUAUAGCUGGAUUUUCUUGUAUGCAAUAUGAUGCUCUAAAUGAGGUUUGAUUUGUUGCAUUCUGGUGAAACAGCUGUAAAUGAAGUCAGGAUGACAACAGAUUGUUGGGCACUGAUCAUGAACAUGAAGACUUGAAGUCAGAUCUGGCUGUAAACUGUAAGAGCUCACAGCUGUAGGCAUCUGUAUGUGCAGCCUUCUGUUAAAAGCAGCUGCAACUAAUAUAGAAAUGAAUCAGUCAUCAAUGACUUAAAUCUAAAAAUACUAACAUCAGUCACCCACACCCGUGACACUGUUAUCAAAAGCGCUGAAAAUAUCUCCUUUGUUAGUUUUUCCUGAAGGAUGUGGCUUUGGAGAAAUGGCUUUUCAUCGGUAAAAACAAAAUCAAAAACCAGGGUUGAUCGUAUUUUCAGCAUCUUUGGCUCAGGAAUUAUGCUGAAACAUCCACGGUGGGAUCACACAGAGCCCUUGUAGGCAGGGUUUAAAUACACACUCAUAAGAGAUUAGCAUUAUGUAACUCUAAUGAUUGCUUUGAGGGACUGCUGGAAAAAUAUCAACCCUCAUUUCAUUGUUCUACUGUAAAAAUACUCAGACCUGCAGUAAGCUGGAUGGAGAGGAAUGGAUGUUAACAGUUGGAUUGUUGUCUGAAGCAACAUUAAAGGCACGUGUGAGGAAAAACAAUAUACAAAAUGAAUUUGGUCUCAACUCAAAUUCAGAAUGUUUUUAAAAGUAGAGCUGUGAUGUAAACUAACUGGAUUUACAGGAAUGACUGCAAGCUGCUCUGUGACGCUACAGAAACUAAACUAAAUGCACAAUCCAAGCUGUUAGGAUAACUGCAAUUACGACUUAGAACAUACACUAGAAAUCGAUAUAUUUCUCUCAGUUAAAAGAGAAAGAAACACAACACCUUAACAAGGAAGAUGACAAAAGACGAAUGAACAGGGACAUUC